AUGUAUUUCGCGCUGCAUAGACGUUUUCCGCAUAUUGAAGGAUUUAUUCUGGUAUUUUUGCAAAUUAUUUCAAACAGUGCAGCGCACACAUUCUCCACACUAUUGGAUGGGAAAAUAGUUGGUGGCCAGCCGACUACUAUCGGCGAGGUGCCAUAUUUGCUGAAUUUGCGGCGUAGUGGUCAAUUCAUUUGCGGCAGUUCACUGGUAACGCAACGCUGUGUACUCACCGCGGCGCACUGUGUGAAAAAUGUGCCAGCGGCGGAUUUAACGGUGCACGCAGGCGCCAGCCGACUAUCCGAAAUUGGUGUUAUGCGUCAGGUGGAGCAGCACUUUGUAUCGCCAUUCUAUUCAACCUCAACACUAGAUAUGGAUGUGGCUAUAUUGAAAUUGAACGAGCCGUUGAGUGGACCAAACAUUUCCACAAUUAGUUUGUGUAAUAAACAGCCUGCCAGUGAGGAGUUUGUGAAAAUAAGUGGUUGGGGUAUAACCAGUGAAUAUAACAAUCAACCACCGGAUCAAGUGCGUACGACAUUUGUACGUGUUGUUGCCAAGAGUGAUUGUAUGCAGGCAUAUUUGGGUAAGGCUUUGUUAACCAGUACGAUGUUCUGUGCCACCAUACCGGGUGCACGGGACUCAUGCUCUGGUGAUUCUGGUGGACCGGUCGUGUAUGAUGGACGAGUAUGUGGUAUUGUCUCUUGGGGUUUCGGUUGUGCACGCAAAGAGUAUCCUGGUGUUUAUACCAAUGUGGCUAGUCGACGUGUAAAUGCUUUUGUGAAACAACUGUUAAUGUUACACUGCCAAUAA